UGACAAGCACAAGUCACAUCGUAAGGCACAACGACCGAGCGAUACUUCUGUUAUAUUUUUGUUUCAUUAAAUACUCUUAAAUUGUAUUGACCCAUGAUUUGAAAGGAUUAUCCACAAUCGUCUCGGUUUCAGUACGUUUUUUAUCGGCAUAAUGUGUCUAAAUAUUCUAGUUUAGAGUGGUCUUUCACGUUUAUAUAAGGACUAUGAGAGCAAAGGUCAAAUCUAUUUAUCUAUUGCUAAUGACAUGAAAUGACCACUUUAAAAUGAAUAAUGUUGAUUCGAGUAAUGAAAAGAUCGAUGCUUCAAAAGGCGUUCGUAAGAAACACGAGUUGUCCGCCAUUCUUGCAUCCAUGGCAUCAGGAGCUGUUGCAGGAGCUUUAGCAAAAACAACUAUAGCUCCAUUGGACAGGACAAAGAUCAUAUUUCAAACAUCGCAUAUGAAGUUUACCAUAAAAAGUGCAAUGAAUGUGCUUUCAAAUACGGUUAAAGAACAUGGAGUGCUUUCCUUAUGGAGAGGCAACAGUGCAACAAUGGCACGCAUAAUUCCUUAUGCUGCCAUACAGUUUGCAGCAUUUGAACAGUUGAAGAAAAUUCUCAGUCCAGAUUCAAGGGAUAGUUCCGCAUUUAGAAGAUUUGUUUGUGGUUCAUUGGCUGGGAUGAUUGCUGCAUUUUUUACUUAUCCAUUGGACUUAGUUCGUGCAAGAAUGGCAGUGACACAGAGAGGAAGGUAUGAUGGCCUAUCGGAUGCUUUUCAAAAGAUCCAUUUUGAAGAAGGAAUGCAGAAGUUCUUUCGUGGAUUCAUACCAACAAUGUUGGGUAUUGUUCCGUAUGCCGGAGUCAGCUUCUUCACUUAUGAAAGUUGCAAAAGUGUGUAUCGUAAACACCACAAUGACAAUGAACCAUCAUCAAUGCAUAGAUUGGUGUUUGGAGCAGGUGCUGGGUUUAUUGGUCAAUCCACAACAUACCCACUGGACAUAGUUCGCAGACGUAUGCAAACUGAUGGUACACAAGGAGUUGUGAAUCCAGAAUAUCGUACAAUUGUGAGCACAAUGAGAUCAGUGGUGCAUAAUGAGGGAUUCACCUCUGGGUUGUAUAAAGGUCUUAGUAUGAAUUGGAUAAAGGGACCUAUUGCUGUAGGAAUCAGUUUUAUGACUUAUGAUUUUGUCCAUGAAAGAUUAAAGAAAUUUAUAAAUGCAGAAGGGUAACAUAAUUAUACCAAAUGGGAAUGCAAGAAUCUUUGUCCAAAAUAACAAGUUCAUAGCUUUUAUUGAUGAAACGAUUCAAUCAAUUAUUCGAAAACUAUUUUGAUAAUAUGUACUUGUGUAUUUUACAAAUUAUCUAUUUUUGUUGGAAUGCAUUGUGUAUGAAAAUACUCUUGAGGCAUGACUGGCAGCAGUUGAUUGUGUUGAUGGUAUAUUUUUACUUGACGAUUCAUACGUAACAGGACGCCCAGCUUUAACUUGCGUGACGUCACGGUUAUUCUGAGUUUCUUGCCAUGAAAUAUAUUUCUGUUUUCGUUUUUCA